AUAAUUUAAUACAUGCUCUUUGCUCACUUCCAUUGAAUCUUUGCUUCUAAGUAUUUGUUUUAGCUUAUUAUCUUUUCGACUCAUCAAUCCACUAAAAGCUCCCUGCAUUUUUCAUCACUCUUUCUUUGCUUCCAUCACUUCAGCAUUUACUUGGUUUUAGUAUCUCACCCCAAGUCACUAUUGGAGUAUGGUUUUGUGAAUGAUUGCUUGGGCUAAAAGGAAUUGGGAGUAGAAUUGAUAUGAGAUCAAUGGGGAGGAGAAGAUCUGAAUUAAACUACAAGGAGCUCAAGAUCUGUGAACAGGGUAUGAUUGGGUUUGUAUUGAUUUGCUUGGUGCAAGUUUCGCUUGGAGCUACUAAUCUGCAAGAUGUUGCUGCGAUUAAUAGCUUACAUGCUGCACUCGGCACGCCUCCUCUUCCUGGGUGGACUUCUGCUGGAGGAGACCCUUGUGGGGAAGCAUGGCAAGGGGUUCAAUGCAAUGAUAGCGUGAUUACAUCAAUAAUUCUUAAUGCUGCCAAUUUGGGAGGAGAAUUGGGUGAGAACUUAGGAUCGUUCACUUCAAUAAAAAGAAUAGAUUUAAGCAACAAUCAGAUCGGUGGAAGUAUACCACCCAUUUUACCUGUUACCAUGGAAAUCUUUUUUCUUUCAGCUAAUCAGUUCACUGGAAAUAUCCCCGUUGAUUUGGCUUCAUUGGUUGAGCUCACUGAUAUGUCUCUCAACAAUAAUCACUUAACUGGUGAAAUACCAAAUGCCUUUGAAACCCUUACAGCAUUGAUCAAUUUAGAUUUGUCCGGCAACAAUAUGAGCGGGCAACUGCCACCCUCUCUGAAAGACGCUAAAGCUUUGACCACUCUACAUUUGCAGGACAAUCAGCUGUCUGGAACACUUGACGUGUUACAGGAUCUUCCCUUGGCCAACCUGAACAUAGAGAAUAACCUAUUUUCUGGACCCAUUCCUCCAAAGAUGCUGAGCAUCCCAAACUUUAGAAUUGAUGGAAAUCCAUUAAAUUCCUCUAUUGCUCCAGUCCCUCCACCCACAUCUCCACUGGCUCCGUCACCUCCUUCGACCACACCACCAUCUCCUUAUGCCUUUUGGGGACCACCUUCUGGAAGAACUCCUCCUAGUAAAACACCACCUGGAACACCACCCACAUCUGCUGAAGAAAAGUCUGGAAAAGCAAAGAGUUUUUUUACUACGAAAAGGGUAGUCGGGAUAUCAGUUGGAGGAGUUUUUGUACUUAUUAUUUUGGUACUGGUGGUUUUGUUUCUAAUGCCAAGAGGUACCAAACGAAGAGGAGAGACUGACAGAAUUUCCAAACCGCAUCAAAUAGGAGCUUAUCGGGAUAGGGAGAAUCCACCCAUGGAUAAUGAGCCCUUGGUCCAACCAAUCAAUCAAUUACAGAAAGCUCCAAAAGAGGCAGUUGUGAAGCCCAAAGAAGAUACUGAAAUAGAAGCUAGAAGAACAUGGGCAAUGCCAAAGUCAAAUGAUGAGCAAGAUAGAAAUGUCCAAAGAAUGAGCGCAGUACCCAAACGGCGAGAUAGUCAUGUGGUUGAUAUGAGUCCACCUAAUCCCUUUUUGAUGCCUCCUCCUCCUCCUCCUCCUCCUCCACCACCGCCCCCUCCUCCACCACCAUUUCCUGUUGAGAGGGUCAUUGUAAAGCCAAUUAUGCCAACUGAAGUACAUAUAGUGAAGCCUUCCGCAAGAAGUCUAAACCUCACUAUUUCUGCCAAAUCUUUCACCAUUGCUUUACUUCAGCAAUACACAAACAGCUUUUCUCAGGAUAAUCUUCUAGGAGCGGGCAUGCUGGGAAGUGUCUACAGGGCAGAGCUUCCUGAUGGAAAGCUACUUGCAGUCAAGAAAUUAGACAAGAGAGCUUCCAAUCAGCAGAAGGAUGAGGAGUUUCUUGAACUUGUAAACAACAUUGAUAGAAUCCGGCAUGCUAAUGUUGUGGAGCUCAUAGGAUACUGUGCAGAGCAUGGCCAAAGGCUUCUUAUCUACGAAUAUUGCAGUAAUGGUUCACUGCAUGAUACUCUGCACUUGGAGGAUGGAUUCAAAAAGGAACUCUCGUGGAAUUCUCGCAUAAGAAUGGCGCUUGAAGCUGCAAGAGCUUUGGAGUAUUUGCAUGAGGUCUGUCAGCCACCUAUCGUACACAGGAAUUUCAAGUCUAACAACCUUCUCCUUGAUGAUGACCUUUCUCUUCGCAUCUCUGAUUGUGGCCUGGCUUCCUUAAUAUCAUCUGGCUCUGUAAGUCAGUUGUCAGGGAAUCUGCUAUCGGCUUAUGGUUAUGGAGCUCCAGAAUUUGAGUCGGGAAUAUACACUCAACAGAGUGACGUUUACAGUUUUGGCGUGGUGAUGUUAGAAUUAUUAACAGGCCGAAAACCUCAUGACAGGACACGGACUCGAGGGGAGCAAUUCUUGGUUAGAUGGGCCAUUCCUCAGCUUCAUGACAUUGAUGCAUUAUCAAGGAUGGUUGAUCCCUCUCUAAACAAACAAUAUCCAACAAAAUCCUUAUCUCACUUUGCUGAUAUAAUAUCUCGAUGUGUUCAGUCGGAGCCAGAGUUCAGGCCGCCAAUGUCUGAAGUUGUUCAGGACCUUUUGGAUAUGAUACGAAGAGAGCCUCGCGGCAGCGGAUCGAGUGAAGACUGACAUGUGAAAUAAGUCUAUUGAAUUGGUUAUGAAGAGAACAACCAUGAGGAGACACUAGUUGUCACUGCCACCAUCAACAAGAUACAUCUCUUGUAAAUUAACACCACCAAAGUUCACAUCCCUUUGAAGUUCUUACUGCCAUCAACUACAGAGCUGCGGAUGUGACGGUCAAUAGUACGGUGUUCAAUCUUAUUUGAUCAUUCGAUUAUUUAUUUGACUCGUGCAAUGAUGUGUGUGCUGCAUAAAUGAGCUAACCCAAUUAUUUGUGACUAAAAAUUGUCGAUAGUGAAACAUUUUUUCCUCCGUUUUGCUUUAUGCUUUAGGUGGUUGGU